AUGUCUCCAGCCAAUACCUCAUGUAUUCACCCCUCAUCCUUCCUGCUUUUGGGAAUCCCAGGACUAGAAAAUAUGCAGUUCUGGCUUGGUGUCCCUUUUGCUACAGUGUAUCUGAUUGCCCUCCUGGGGAAUGUCAUCAUCCUCUUUGUGAUCCAGACUGAGCACAGCCUUCAUCAACCCAUGUUCUACUUAUUGGCCAUGUUGGCGCUCACUGACCUGGGCCUCUCUACUGCCACCAUUCCCAAAAUGCUGAGCAUUUUCUGGUUUGGGCUUAGUGAGAUUGACUUUGGGGGAUGCUUAACUCAGAUGUUCUUCAUACACCUGUUCACAGGCUUUGAAACAUUCAUGCUUGUAGCCAUGGCUUUUGAUCGCUAUAUUGCCAUUUGCUACCCUCUUCGAUACAACACAAUCCUCACCAACAGAACUAUUUGUAUUAUUGCUGGAGUAGGAAUGUUGAAAAAUUUUGCGUUAGUAUUUCCACUUGUGUUUCUCCUUCUAAGGCUUUCAUUCUGUGGACAUAAUAUUAUACCCCAUACCUACUGUGAGCACAUGGGAAUUGCCCGCCUGGCCUGUGUCAGCAUAAAGGUCAAUAUAUUAUUUGGACUAAUCCUCAUCUCUAUGAUACUUUUGGAUGUUGUUUUGAUUGCUAUCUCCUAUGUGAAGAUUCUACAUGCUGUCUUCAGACUCCCAUCCUGGGAGGCCAGGCUCAAAGCGCUUAAUACCUGUGGUUCCCAUGGAUGUGUCAUCUUAGCUUUUUUCACUCCAGCAUUUUUCUCCUUUAUGACUCACCGAUUUGGACACAAUAUUCCACGUUAUAUCCACAUACUCCUGGCUAAUUUAUAUGUGAUCAUCCCCCCUGCUCUUAACCCCAUUAUUUAUGGAGUGAGAACCAAGCAGAUCCGAGAGCGGGUAGUGACAAUCUUCCUUUUUAAGGAAGUUUGACUCCAAACACUUGAUUUGGAAAGAGACUUGAAAUCUUUUUCCUUUUCAUCCAUAAAAGAAGCAAG